GCGGUGAGCGCCUGCCAGGGCCCGGCGGGCUCAGAGCUCGCUGAGAUGGCUGAGAGCAGCCCCAGGAGCCUGCAGGACCCCCCCAGCUCUGCCCCCGAUGAGAACGAGUUCCCCUUUGGAUACCCCACCAGCAUCUGUGAGGACGUGCCUGGGCAGAAGUUCCUGUGCAGCAACUGCCACAACAUCCUGAAGAAAGCCCUGCAGACACUGUGUGGGCACAGGUACUGCUCUGCCUGCCUCACCUGGAUCGUCAGAAACAAUAAAAAUGCAAUUUGCCAGAAAUGUAAAGAGGAAGAUCCCAACACUUUAGGUGAGGAAAGCCUAUUGGCAGAAGACAGGGCUUUUGGUGAUGCUGCCAUUAAUAAAGAGAUUUCUGAGCUCAGAGUCCACUGUGUGACUCCUGGAUGCAGCUGGUCUGGUAUCAUGAAAGAUUUUGAAGAGCAUCAGAGUUUAUGUGAAUAUGCUUUGAUCCCCUGUCACACUGGCUGUGGGCACGUGGUGAUGAGGAGGAAGCUGGCAGAUCACUUGGAAAAUGGAUGUGUGAAUAAUGUGACAGUGUGUCAGCAGUGCCAGUGCAGCCUGGCCAGCUCUGAGUGCCAGGAGCAUUCAUGUGAAGGCAGUUUAUGCAAGGAACAAAAACCUGUGCAAACAGAAACAGCAUCAAAGGAAAAGAGCCACUCUACAUCCUCAGCCAGCAAGGAUGGCUGUUGUUUUUCUGAAGUUGGCUGUGCAUUUAGGGGAAGCAAAGAGAAGAUCCAGGAGCACGAAAAAUCCGCGGUGGGAGCCCACAUGCUGCUCCUGCUGCAGCACAUGAGGCACCUGCAGGGAUCCCUGUGCCCCAAGGGCUUCUCCCCACGGCCAGAGCUGAGCUUGAAAAGUGCAGGGAAAAGCACCUGUGAGCUGCAGAUGCCAGCAGAGCCAGAGCUGGACUGUUUCCCUGCUUCCUCUGUCCCUGGGGAUGAGUCUGUCCUGCAGCAGCUCGUGAGGGAGAAGGUGAUUUCUGAGCUGGAAAAUAAGCUGCACGUGUUUGAGAACAUUGUGGCAGUGCUCAAUAAGGAGGUGGAGAGCUCUAAUUUGGAAAUCCUGGCCUUCAGGAGACAGAGUGAGCUGGACCAGAACAUCAUACGGGGCCUUGAGCUGAAGAUUGCAGAGCUGCACCAGUGCCUGAUGCAGAAGGAUGCAGGCCUGAGCAGCCUGCACAAGAGCCUGCUGUUCUCUGAGCAAGCCUCCUACGAUGGCAUCUUCCUCUGGAAAAUCACUGAGGUGGGCAGGAAGCUCCAGGACUCUGUGACUGGCAGGACAGUCAGUUUGUACUCCCCAGCUUUCUACACUGCAAAGUAUGGCUACAAGGUGUGUCUGAGGGUGUACCUGAACGGGGAUGGCACAGGGAAAGGAACCCACAUGUCCCUGUUCUUCGUUGUCAUGAAAGGAGAUUACGACGCUUUGCUCCCGUGGCCCUUCAGGCACAAGGUGACGUUUAUGCUGCUUGACCAAAACAACAGGGAGCACGUAAUCGAUGCCUUUCGCCCAGACCUGGCUUCUGCUUCCUUCCAGAGGCCAGUGAAUGAGAUGAAUGUGGCCAGUGGCUGCCCCCUGUUCCUGCCCCUGGCCAAGCUGCAGUCCCCCAAACACGCCUACGUGAGGGAGGACACGCUUUUCCUCAAGUGCAUCAUAGAGACAAAUUAGCAGCUCCUGAAGCGUGGCUGGCCUUUAAAAUAAUUAGCUGUGAUAAAACAUGGCAUUUCAAAAACACCCACCCCAUAAACAAAUGUUUAUCAAAGUUUGUUUGGGAAGGAACUGGAUAUUCUGUGUAUUUUCCUCUAUUCCACCUUUCAAAUGUUCUUUCAGGGGUAGAGUGCUGGAGUAAUUUACCUAAAUAGAUUAUGCUUUUCCUCUCUGUGUCACUUUGACAAGUGCUGUAUUUAUUACAAUCAUUGAUAUUUUUCUUAUGAUUUUAUUUAUUUCCUAAAUAAAACUCACUAACUUAAGAAA